UGGAGGAUGCGCAUAUUCUCUCAGAUUUAAGGGGGGAGGUUUGGUUUGGAGCAGUCCGGACUCUUCGAUGUUUAAAAGCAUCUCUCCGCCAGGAAUCGUCAAAAUACUUUUUAGGAUUAAUUUAAGUAGCACUCUUUUGUAGAACUGUGACACCGAAUGGCAUUUUGUUUGCGGAUAUUUUGUUACAGUGAGUUGAAGAACUUUACGAUACUGUUUUCGGAGGUGAGGCGACUUCAUUUCAUCGCGAGCGAAACGUUUGGGAUAAAAGGACUACCAAGAGCUACCGCAUAGGCUGACCUGUUUGGGUUAACGUUCGCCAGUUACCGCUAAGAUAAAAGAAGCGUGUCGCAAAGCAAGUCAGGAAAACGUUAAAAUAAAACAACAAAUUCAACACUAAAGGAAGUUUUUUUUCCGCUCCGUUGAGUAUUCGCGUUUCUUGGAGUGGGGGGGACGCACGUUCUCUUUCUUUCGCACAAGUUUUGCAAAAAAUAUGCGCGAACUUGUUAGCCACUCGUCGAUAGCUCGGAGUUAGUGAGCUUCGUUAACGGACCACACAUUUCUCUGGAUAUAACCUUAGCUGCUGUUUUCGGGAAGUUUUUCUGUAUCCAAUCUCAGCUCCGGAGUCUUCCUUAUCUGACCAACACUGGCUGUUCCACAGCCCCCCGCCAGUAAGUUUAGCACUGUGAAUGACCCGCUGCUGAUGCCCUACCUGUCUGAAUGGAGUUCCUGUCGCAGAAAAGCCAACAGUUGUAGCUCGCUCAGCAGAAUGCUGAUGAGGCCAAGUAUACUUCUGAGUCUGGUUUUAUUUGCCCAAGUUUUAAGGACCCAGUGCCGGCCUGCCAGCAGCACUGAUGAAGUCUCUGUGGAAACGCAAGCCGAGCUGUUCACGCUCUAUCUCGGGGAGCGUCUGGAAUUGAGUUGCUCUGCCAAAGACUUCCUCCAUGCUGUCAACUGGACUAAAGACCAUGUGGCAGUGGUGGAUGGAGAACAUGCACGCAUCCGCAACGACCAGCUGGAGAUCGAGACUGUGGAGCUGACGGACUCUGGCCUGUACGCAUGCACCACCUUCGGCAACCACAGCAUCUAUUUUAACGUCACAGUGGAUACCGUGGCCUCAUCUGAGGAUGAUGAUGAAGAUGAAGAGUCUUCGUCAGAGGAAGCCAAGCUGUUGGGCAGUCAAAAACUGCUACCAAUGGCCCCACAAUGGGCUCAUCCAGAGAAAAUGGAGAAAAAGCUUCACGCUGUCCCAGCCAGUAAGACGGUGAAGUUCCGAUGCCAGGCCAGCGGCAACCCACCUCCUACUCUGAAAUGGUACAAGAAUGGCAAGGAGUUUAAGAGAGACCAUCGCAUUGGAGGCUUCAAGGUCCGUGACCAUGUGUGGACCAUCAUCAUGGAAUCUGUAGUGCCCUCUGACAAGGGAAACUAUACCUGUGUGGUUGAAAAUCAGUACGGCAGCAUUAAUCACACCUACCAGCUCGACGUGGUCGAGCGCUCUCCACACAGGCCAAUCCUGCAGGCUGGCCUGCCAGCUAAUCGGACCGCAGUGGUUGGCAGCGACGUGGAGUUUGAGUGCAAGGUGUUCAGCGACCCUCAGCCUCAUAUCCAAUGGCUGAAGCACAUUGAGAUCAACGGGAGCCGAGUUGGUUCAGAUGGUUUACCAUAUGUUCGUGUGCUCAAGCAUUCUGGGGUCAAUAGCUCGGACGCUCAGGUGCUGACCCUCUACAAUGUGACUGAGGAGGAGAGCGGAGAGUAUAUAUGUAAAGUGUCCAAUUAUAUAGGAGAGGCCAAUCAGUCGGCCUGGCUGACUGUCACCAGAUAUGAGCCCACAGCUGUCCCGCACUAUCCUCAAGCCAACCACACCUACCUGGAGGUGGUCAUCUACUGCGUGGGCUUCUUUUUCAUCGCUGUAAUGAUUGCCAUCGCAAUCAUUGUGAAGAUUCGCACCUCCUCAAAGAAGAGUGACUUCAACAGUCAGCUGGCUGUCCACAAGCUGGCCAAAAGCAUCCCUCUGCGCAGACAGGUAACAGUGUCUGUGGACUCUAGCUCCUCCAUCCACUCUGGAGUGAUGCUGGUGCGUCCCUCCCGCUUGUCCUCCAGCGGAUCUCCAAUGCUGUCAGGGGUAUCUGAGUAUGAACUGCCCCAGGAUCCUCGUUGGGAGCUUCUCAGGGAUAGACUUGUUCUUGGGAAGCCGCUGGGUGAAGGCUGCUUUGGUCAGGUGGUGAUGGGAGAGGCCCUGGGUCUCGACAAAGAGAAGCCCAACCGUGUGACCAAGGUUGCUGUCAAGAUGCUGAAAUCUGACGCCACAGAGAAAGAUCUGUCAGACCUGAUUUCAGAGAUGGAGAUGAUGAAGAUCAUCGGGAAGCACAAGAACAUCAUUAAUCUGCUGGGAGCCUGUACACAGGAUGGUCCUCUGUAUGUGAUUGUAGAAUAUGCAUCUAAGGGCAACUUGCGGGAGUUCCUGCGAGCUCGGCGCCCACCGGGCAUGGAAUACUGCUACAACCCAGACCAGGUUCCUGUGGAGAACAUGUCCAUCAAAGACCUUGUGUCCUGCGCUUACCAAGUGGCCAGAGGCAUGGAGUAUUUGUCCUCCAAAAAGUGCAUCCACAGAGAUCUUGCCGCUCGCAAUGUUUUGGUAACAGAGGACAAUGUGAUGAAAAUAGCUGACUUUGGCUUGGCAAGAGAUAUCCACCACAUUGAUUACUACAAGAAGACCACCAAUGGUCGUUUACCAGUCAAGUGGAUGGCUCCGGAGGCUCUGUUUGACCGAAUAUACACCCACCAAAGUGAUGUCUGGUCCUUUGGGGUGCUGCUGUGGGAGAUCUUCACCCUGGGGGGCUCUCCGUACCCAGGAGUCCCAGUGGAAGAGCUGUUCAAGCUGCUGAAGGAAGGUCACCGUAUGGACAAACCCUCAACAUGCACUGAAGAGCUGUAUAUGAUGAUGAGGGACUGCUGGCAUGCUGUGCCCUCUCAUAGGCCGACAUUCAAACAGCUGGUAGAGGACCUGGAUCGCUGCCUGGCCAUGACAGCCAACCAGGAGUAUUUGGAGCUGUCAGUGCCCCUGGACCAAUAUUCCCCUAGCUUCCCGGACACCCGCAGCUCCACCUGCUCCUCAGGCGAGGACUCUGUCUUCUCUCACGAUGCCGGGGCCGAGGAGCCCUGCCUGCCAAAGUUCCCUCCCCACUCCAACGGGGCAGCCAUUAAGAAACGCUGAUUCCUCAUCUCUAUUCAGGCAAGCCUUGAUAUUUUCUCCGCUCCCUGCCUCAUGGGGUUGGACUCUUCCCCACAUUCCCAGAGAUUAAGCUAAAAAACCCACUGGUGCUCUGCGAGAAAGGAACUUGGAGUGGAACCUUCAUUGAACCUGUCGGAACACAUGGACGGAUGAGGGCAGCUGUCCCGAUUCUUGGUGGGGACGAUGUUCAUGGGGCACUUUGUAUUAACAGGAGUGGCAGUUUGUCACCGUGUCAAGAAGGAAAAAAAAAGA